AUGUUGGCCAAACUGCACAUCAACACUCUGGGCCGCCAGCUGAAGAUGAACCAGCACUGUCUGGACACGGCCUUCAAUUUCUACCGGAUGGCGCUCAACAAACACCUGACCAACGGUCGCAAGUCAGCCCACGUCAUCGCCGCCUGUCUCUACCUGGUCUGCCGCACGGAGGGGACGCCUCACAUGCUGCUGGAUCUCAGUGACCUCCUGCAGGUGAACGUCUACGUGUUGGGAAAAACCUUCCUCGUCCUGGCCAGAGAGCUGUGCAUCAACGCCCCGGCUAUAGACCCGUGCCUCUACAUCCCACGUUUUGCCCAGCUGCUGGAGUUUGGCGAAAAGAACCACGACGUCGCCAUGACGGCGUUGAGACUAGUGCAGAGGAUGAAGAGGGACUGGAUGCACACGGGACGAAGGCCGUCGGGACUCUGCGGAGCAGCUCUUCUCGUCGCCGCUCGCAUGCACGACUUCUGCCGCACAGUGAAAGAAAUUGUCAGCGUUGUGAAAGUGUGUGAAAGCACGUUAAGAAAAAGACUGACGGAGUUUGAGAACACGCCCACCAGCGAGCUGACCAUCGAGGAGUUCAUGCGGGUGGAUCUGGACCAGGAGUGCGACCCGCCCUGCUACACGGCGGGACUGAAGAAGAAGAAGAUCCAGCAGGUACGGACGAGGAC